UGAAACUGCUCUUUUCUCUGCUGCAUUCUCCCUGGCCUUUCACGGAUUUUUAAGAGUGGGCGAACUAACAGUUAAUACAAGCAAAGGUCGUCAACAAAACGCAAUUCAAAUAGACAAUUCGUCCAUAAAUCAUGAAACACAAUCUCUCUUAUUGACUAUCCAGUUUUCAAAAACGGAUCAGUUUGGUAAAGGUAUAGUAUUACAAAUAGACAAGCAGGGUGGUGUAGCAUGUCCAUAUCAGCUCGUUACCAACUACGUCAGCAUCCGUCCAGAGGGUUCAGGUCCAAUUUUUCGACAUUUCGAUUUAUCCCCACUCACCCGAUAUCAGUUUACAGGGGUACUUUGUAAAGCAGUUAAGCACCUUAACUUACCUGGUAGCUCAGGAUACAAAUCUCACUCUUUUCGUAUCGGUGCGAGUACUAAUCUCGCUUUAAAGGGUUUCUCAACUGAUGACAUUCAGAGAUCUGGCCGUUGGAAAUCUUCUUCUUACAAAUCUUACAUUCGCAUACGAAAGUUUUAAUUCAAUUUUAGAUACACAGACAAUAUGGUUGCUGGGUUCAUCAAUAAUUAAGCAUGCCUUUUUGGAAGCUGUAUUAAGACCAGGUGGUACAAAUUUGACACUAGAAAGAAAACACAUCUCCCUGUGGUGGCAGGGUUAUAGUGGCCUCCAGUUAAGUAAAACAAGGCAAAAGAUUAGAACACUUGAAAAGGUGGGUCCUGUACCGAAUUUUAUUUUUAUACAUUGUGGGGGGGGGGAUGAUUUGGGUAAGUUAUCGAUCAGGAAAAUAAGAGUUGUUGCAAAGCAGUUGGAUUUGUUUAUAAGAAAUCGCUUUCAAAACAUCAAGAUUAUAUGGUCAUUUAUCCUUCCGCGUCUUCAAUGGCGCUAUUCAGCAAACUUAAAAGCCAUGGAAAAUGCACGCAAACGGCUAAAUUCUUGCAUAGCUUCAAUUGUCUUGCAAUCUGGGGAUGCAAUAAUCCGCCAUACAGAUAUAAAACCUGUUCCAGCUUUGUUUUUACAGGAUGGGGUACACAUGUCCUCGUUGGGGAAUAACAUUUUUCUAAACUUCCUCCAGGGGGGACUUGAGGCUAUCGUUGUGCAUGGCCAAUCCUGCUUUCCCAAUUAGCAAGGGUCCUGGGUACGGCUGUUCCUAUAUGCCGCUUUACCCCCACCAUGGUGGCGGAGUUCCCUGGAUGAGUCUCAUUCUGAACCUUGUCUCAGGGAACUUGUGGCGUAAAAGCGGCAUUCUGGUAGUAAAUAUUAUAAAGUGAGCUUUGACCUCUGCACCUCCCAGGGUCAAUGCUUUCUAUAUAUACGGUGAAAUUUGAACUUUGAUGUUGUUGUGAACUUU